AUGGCAUGUAUUGGCGAUCUAUUACCAAGAAAGGAGAGCGAAGUCGGAUUUGCACCAGCAGAACGACCUAAACUGGCAGACGCAGAUAUAAUAAGCGUGAGCAAUAAGAACAGGAAACGCAUGAAAAUCGAGCGUAAUCUUAGUCAUAAAGUAAGCGUAAAACUUUUCGUAGUUCAUCAGAAGGAUGCUAGAACUUUUAACGGAAGUAUUGAAAUAAUUACCCCAAUACCGGAAAAGAUGUAUAAACGUAUGCAAUUACUACACGCUCAAAUGAUGAAUGGACUUCAACACCCAGCAGGCCUUAAUCCAAAAUCUUUCAGGCUUUUACAAUUGAAGCAACGAUUAGCCACUAACUCAGCCAAAGGAAUAUUGGAUGAAGAUUUACUGAUCCAAUUCCCGAACCUGGCUUUGAAUCGCCAGCGAGAAAUGACCAAACAAAUUGGAACAACUAUAGACAGAAUCAUUGAUAAUUCAAGAAUCUUAUAA